CGCCUACUGGCGCCCUAGCAACCGGGUUGCGAACCACCGUUUAUCCCGACUAAGUGGCUAUCCUGGGAGUUCUAGUGCCACUAGCUGGCUUCGGCUCUUCCCUGUCCGAGGUUCUUGUAAUUUCCGCUUAUUUCCUCCACGGGUGCCGAUUUCAUGUGUGUGUCCCCGAGUGCCUAAGCCGGCUCCUGAAAUGAGUACUCGUGGUUUCCGCGUGGGAACCAACCUCGAGCGCCAGUAGCCCUCACUCUACGGGCUGAGGUGGUUGCUGGGGCUGGGGCUGCUCCUGAGGCUUCAGGGCCGCCCGCUGCACGGCUUUCUACCUCCCCAGGCUAAUCGCAGUCAAUCUGCCAGGCGGAGCAAGAAAUCGCAUUUUGUCAGUUUUCUUUUAACAAAACAGAAAUGUGUAAAAGUUUGUGUAAAAUCUUACGAUCAAGACCAAAUGGACAAGCUGGCUUUUUUGAAGAAAGGAAUACGACUGAAUUACCAGCAUCACUGCUAUAAGCAUUCAGAUGAAAACCCUGUCACUUGUAAUGGACCCCCUGUGGAAAUUCCUGGAGAAUAUACGGAUAAGUUGAAUGUGACUUACACUUAUUCUGUGAGAUUGAAGAAAACAAAACUGUCAAGUGGGCUUCUAGGUGGGAUUAGAUUUUGGAGUCUGUGUCUCAUACUAAUAUUCAGUGGUUUAGCAUUUAAAGGUGUUAAGUGGAAGACAAAUGCCUUGCUGACAGCACUAUUAUGUCCGGGUGCAAUUUGAGUUCCUGGGCAAGAUGGUCGAAUAGGAACAGCUCCAGUCUGCAGCAACCAGCAAGAUCAAUGCAGAAGGCGGGUGAUUUCUGCAUUUCCAACUGAGGGACAGUUGGAUUUUUUUCCUGUUUCUGGUUAAUUGCUAAAAUCUACAGUGUGCUGAAGGUGGAGUAAAGUAUUUCCCCAAAGGGUUCCAAGCACAUCUCCCUUGCCCUUGAAUAUCUGUAUAUCUAUAUGAACAUCAAUUGAGAUAUAUAUGUGUGUGCUUCUAAUUACAUAAUUUUAAGCAUAUAUAUGUAAAUGUAAAAUCUCAUUGUUUGGCCUCAGUUUGUAUGACACAAAAUACUGAUUGUAUGGAAGAAAACAGGUUGGGAAACAGAUUUAUUCUACAUCAUAUUUUCCUGAAAAGCUACAAUAAAAAGAUUUAAAUUAAAGCAAUUAGAGCAAGGGAGGCACAUUUCUUUAAAAAAAUUAAAGUUGAGUACCACACUGGUUUUUCAGAUGAAGUUUUCUUUCUUUUCCUUUUUCUCCUUCAUAUUGUUCAGAGCAUCUAAUUCCAUCAGAACUAUUGUCAAAUAAAUUUUAGGUAAAAUGCAUAUUUUUCUGAUGGGAGUUGAUUAUACAAACUGUAUUACACCUUCGUAUGUGAGUGAUCAUUUAAAAAUGCAUAUUGGUUUAGCACAUAGAGUUUAUGAAAUGCCAGAUAAUGCUCUUAUUCCUCAGUGAAAUCUGCACAUUUCUAGUUGUUAGUUGUCUAUUUCUAUUUGCCAUUCCUUGGGGGGCUGAGAAUGUUCAAAUUUGACUUAGUUGUGUUUAAAUAAUAAAUCUUUGGAGUCAA